AUGUCGAUGAAGCCUUUUACAAAUGAAGAGGAAUUCAGGAGGACAUCGGCCAUAGUUCAAGUGUUUGCUGAAGGCCUUGGUAAAGAAUUGCAUCAGAAAUUACUAAGGAGAGCAAGGAAUCUAAAGAACUGGGUAAGGUCUGUGGGGGGCUUCUGUGCUCAUGCUGUCAGGCAGAUCACGUACAUCCGGGAGAGAUGCACCAGCCAACCCGAUGGUGCAGGUGUCUCAGCACUAACCACAGAAGAAAGAACAUGCUGGGCUAAGGCUCGGGAGCAUCUCAUUGAACUGGACCCGAACAACGGGGCUAUACUAGAGGCUAUUCAGAGCAGCUUGUUCAUCGUCUCUCUGGAUGAAGCAAGGCCAUUUUCCACACCUGAAAACUACACUGAGAUGAUUUUACAAGCUCUGACUGGAGACCCAACUGCACGCUGGGGUGAUAAAUCCUACAACAUAAUUUGCUUUGCUGAUGGCACUUUUGGUUCAAAUUGUGAUCACGCGCCGUAUGAUGCCAUGGUCUUGGUGUCCAUGUGCUACUACAUCGACCAGAAACUGAAAGCCAGCGAGGGCAGGUGGAAGGGUUCCGUGGCCGCAAGAGAAAUCCCCCCGCCAGAGGAGCUGGUCUUCACCGUGGAUCAGAAGGCGCAGGCCGACAUUGCGCUAGCCAAGCAGCGGUAUCGUGAAAGCGUGAGUUUGACUUUACUGGGGACGGCCACCACCAGGCGCUUCUAUCACGGACGCACGGAGACCAUGCGGCCCUGCACUCUGGAGGCUCUGGAGUGGUGCAAGGCCAUGCUGGAUCCCUCUGUUAAUACAGAGACAAAACGAAAGUGUUUGUUAAUCGCAGUUGCAAAGCACAACAAGCUGAUGAAUGAAGCUCAGAAUGGGAAAGGUUUUGAUCGACACUUGCUGGGAUUGUAUCUAAUUGCAAAAGGAGAAGGCCUCCCUGUUCCUGAACUCUACCAAGAUCCAGCCUAUUCUAAAAGUGGUGGAGGAGGGAAUUUUGUUCUAUCAACCAGUCUUGUGGGCUAUACUACUGUGCUUGGGGCUGUAGUACCGAUGGUUCAUCAUGGUUAUGGCUUCUUCUACCGCAUCAGAGACGAUAGGAUUGUAGUGUCUUGCACAGCCUGGAAAUCCUGCCCAGAGACUGACGCUGAGAAGCUGUACCAGAACCUCACCACCUCUUUCCAGGAGAUGCUGCAGCUAAUGACUCUCUCCCAGCUAUAGACAGAGAAAAGAUUUUUUUAAAACAAAAAAACACAAAGGCAAUUCAAAUCCAGCUCAACGCAGACUUUUGCAGUAACAAUGCAGUGUUUUUUAAUUGUGCACAGAACAAUGCAAACAAUUAUUGUGCAGUAACAAUGCAAGCAAUUUUAUAUUCCUUUUUUGUUAAUUUCCUAUUAACAAUGCUAACUUUUUUUGCUGUAUUUUUGCAAUCUGGAGUGACCUCAACUUUAGCAGAUUAACUUCAGAAUGUUACUACUUGAUUGCAGAAGCUGCAUUUCUAUGUGCUUUUUUCAGAGAAAAACAUCUUUAUAUUUUGAUUGAUUAUGUUUGUAGUUUGAGUCCACUGGUUCUGGGACUUAGGGUAUCUACAGUUAAGAUCGGAGGCAGUCUCAAUAGGAAAUUAAUGAAAUACAAAUUAAAGCUUUUUUAGUUUUUAACGGCCUUUUAAAAAAUCCUCGGUUUCAUGUAUUUUGUAUUUUUUAGAGAAGCCAGAAACUGUAUUUCCCGGUAAUGCUCCCGGUAGAGCCUUACAUCUCUACAUAUUUAAAUAUUAAUGAAAUCUUUCAGUUCACCUCAGUUCUAAUCUUAACUUAAGUGAUAUGCUUUUACUGAUGCUGCUGGUGGUGCAUUUGAAGAUCUCCAGAGUGACUUUAGUAAUCUUCAUAACUGCAUUCAGUCAAGUUAUAAAAAUAGCAGGACUGCAACUGCUUGUUUGCUUCUCAGAAAGCUAAUUACAUGAAGGCUAGAAGCUUGUUGUCUUAUCCCUAGUGUUUAAUAAGCUUGAAACACUAAAAAACACUUUUAAAAGCUCUCCCAAAUGUUUUUGUUUGUAGAGUGCUUCUUGGCCCAUGGUGGGUUUUUGAGAAACCAAUGAAAUCCCAAAACUAACAAGUAAUUAAAAAUCAUAAGCAAAAAAAAGUCAUAUUCCAGUUCAAGUUGGUCCUUAUAAGUUGGUCCAUAUAAACUUAUAAGUUGUAAGGUAAUGGUAUUCCUCUUUAUAAAAUGACCAUUUAAAAUGUAACAAAAAUAUUAUCCUAAACUUCUACAAAGCAAAAUAAUCAGUGCACUUUUUGCUUUGUUAGUAUGGAAUUACUGUACUUUCAACUGCUUUCGAUGUUAAAGAGUUGUAUUUAUUCACAUAUUUGAAAAUGAUAUAAAAGGGCUUUUUUCCCGUGGAUUCCAAAGAAACUCUUUAUGCAUGCAACAGAUUUCAACAGUACACUUGAAAAUAUGUUGAGGUACAUUGAAUCUAUGUCCAUGUUAAUUAACAACCAGUCUGGAUCUGUGCGGUGAUGUUAAUGUGUGAUGAUAAGAUUAUGUUCCACGUUAAAGACUGUCAAAAUAAUAGUUGGGAUGAUGAAAUGUGUAACUAUUAAGCUGGCAUAUACAGUAUGUAACAAUUACACCACCAUCGUACUUUCCAACAGCAUCAGAAAUGGGAUUCAUGGGAUCAUUUUGGGGUUUCUUUAGCACUUAUUAAUAAAACAAUUGAUUAACUUGC